AUGCCUCGAGAUCUCGCGAAAAGCGUUCGCCAUUGCUCGGCAGACAAUCCAUUCCCCGUUGUGAUUCCUUUAGAGAGACCCAACGUCGCAGGCAGGAUCCAAAGUUUACGAAGCCAACGCCACAAACUACUCAUUAUGAAGCCUUCGCCAGCUAAAACCGACCAAUUGAAUGUUUUUUAUUCAUCUCUGAUGGAUGCCGUGUGCUCACUUGUCGGGGUAGAUGGCAGCAGAUACCCAAAGUGCGUUGACGUUUGCAUAACAAUGUGCAAAGAUACCAACGUGUAUGAAGCCACCAGCUGGAAAAGAUGGGUUGGACUACGAAUCUUUAACACAAUGAUGAAAGAUGUCCGUCGAUUAACUCGAGAGACCAAGGUGAUUCAUUGCCCUGCAGCCCCGCUUCUGAUGGUGGUCAUAGCAAUAAAAGAACUCCUGCCGGAUGCCAAGAAGGGGCACGAGCGUAACAUCAUGGGCUUUCUCAGAGAGUUUGACUGCUACAGCAAAGCUGCGUCCGCUAUCUGCUACUUCCACAAAGGCGAUCGUCAGAAGAUCUUGGCACUGGACCAGCCUUGGGUCUUGAAUACCUCGGUACAACGCCCACCCACUCGCCUGAUUGAUCAAUUCGAAUUCACCACUUCUCCCGGUCAUUCUGGUGGCACAAGGCUGGUGCCGAAAGACAGUGACUCUACAGACGUCGAGAUGAAAGAAGAUCCAACUCCGAUCAAAAUAGAGUCGUCUCCUGAGUGUGAGACUGAACCAGCCUCCGAACAUCAAACCACACCUCACGCUAUACAGCAAACUGGAUUAGCUCUUGCUGGUCAAGCUACAGCAUCCCGAGAGAGAAGACACGAAGUACCAAUGGCACUGUCCAUGCCUAGACAUGAACCUCCAACGCAACAAGGGACUUAUCUACAAGUGACCCGUGCAGAAGUUAUGGAGUACCUUCAGCCUCUGUUUAAUCGACUAAAGUAUGAAGAUUGGGUUGGCAGACUCCAUGAUGACAUUAUGUGCAUCCUGACAGAGAAGAGCGUCAAAGUUAUCACUGCAGAGGCAAAAGGCAUGUUGGGAUUGUGGGCAGGCAAGACACAGAAUGGCACGGUCCUGACUUGGCUUGAGCAAGCAAAAGAGGAUCUUACCGUCUUCCGAUGGGUUGAGAGAAAUGAGCCGUCCUCUGCCACAUUGUGGUACACUGACCAUAUCCAUACCAUUUUUCACGACAUAAAUGUAACGAUUGGGGCAGUUUCGGAGCCCACCGUCCAAGAAGAGCUUCGAGCUCAAGUGGGUGCGCUAAGAGACAUUAUCUUCGCCAUAAACAAGUGA